GAGGCCAAUAGCUACAGAUACAGGGACACCAACGAAACCAAAACCAAGGGUAAUGGCCACCAAACCAGCAACAGAAACAGCACUGCUAGUAAUUCAGCCGGCCCAGCAAUAGCCCCAACCGGUACCCCAAGGGUAAUGGCCACCAAACCAGCAACAGAAACCGAGAGUCGUCCAUUUCUUACCAAUUUGAAAUCAAGCAGAACCCAGGUGAUUCCACCAACGGAUGCAGCCAAAUUAGUUAUGACACAGGCCAAGGCCCGCACGGCUAUUGGCCACAAGCAAUUGGAUCGUAGGAUAGUUGACCAGAUGAAAAUGAAUAAGAUAGUCGGUCCAAUAAGACCACGUUCGGCGACAGAUCCAAUUGCCGGGGAUGGAGUGAUUGCGGCAAACAUGUACUGGAAGAUAGCGAAAGCGAUGAUAGGGGUACCGGUUGGGGCUAUUGCUGGGCCGGCUGAAUUACUAGCAGUGCUGUUGACACCUUGA